AUGUCAACUAGAUUGGGAGUAAGCAACUUUUUUUUCAUUAUCUUCGUCAUCUUGCUUUUUGUGGGUGCUUCAGACGCUCUCCGUCCUUGGAAAGUCCCGGUCAUCAUUCGUGAUGGAGUCCAAAUAAAUUACUAUCAAACUGAGGAAUAUGAUCCAAUCAUGGAGAAGACCGACUCGGCAUCUUUUGGUGACCAAAUCAACGAGAUUGACACCAACUCGGCAUACUAUGCUUACUUGCAUACCAAGCGUCUAAACAUCUACGGCGAGGAUUGGCUAUGGAGGAUUGAUUUCCGUGUCAUUCUUUUGUGUUUCUCUCCAUUGUUGACCAAUUUAUCUUUUAGAGCUUUCUUUUGUAUCACAAGCAUAUGUUCUGCUAGGGUUUCAAAAUCUUAAUGAAACUCAGAUCUGAUUGUAAUGACUUCAUCAUUCUUCUGGAUUAUUCAAAUCACUGUUGCUUUAA